GGUGGACCGGACCUGAAUCAGUUCGGAGGGACAUCACUUCGUGUUCUGGUUGGCUGGUUUUUGAAGCCAUUCAGGGUUCAGACCAAGCGCCUUCAGCGGUUUGAGACUCAAUGGCAGAUGAGCAGAUUGAAAUCGAGGGUGUGACGUGGCGUGGUGUGGAGGUGUUUUCCAUCUUUGAACUUCUGCGAGAGCUGCAGAAGCUUCUGAUCCCUGUGAAGGAAGAACUGGAAGUACAAGAUCAAAGUGACCAGGGACCACGUAGGUUUGAUGAUGAGCAACAGGCCUUUCUCCAGAGCUUGCGCCAGGGGUGCAAGGACUUUGACCCCUCUUACCAACCGAGGGCUAUGCAGAAAUGGGGCCACUUGCUGCGCCUUGUUGAUGUGAUGAAUCUGAGGCAUACACACCAUCAAGUUUCGGCCAGGUUCCGCCAUGGGCCACACAAGGGGCAGAAGGUGGUCGAGCUAUGCCGGAAAUUCGAGAAUGGCGAGGUGAAGAGCGAGGAUCUUCCUCCUCUGGUCUGCUUGCAGUGGAAUCUGGCUUUGUGGGUCAUUUGCGGCAAUCGCCGGUUGAAGGCGCUGCAAGACUAUGCCAAGCAGAAGCCAGGAGGAGUCCCUACCAAGGUGUGGUGCAUUGUUCAUAGAAAUGCCAGAGAAGCGCCAGGUGAGCUCAUCGCCAGGUUUUUGUUGGCUUGGGACACCACGAACCAUGGCCGCUCCGCCACUAUGCGUAGCAGAGGGACGUCCAAGCCAUUGAGUGGAGGUCCAAGUGAUCAAGCUACCCACCCUCGAGCAGAAGCCUUCAAAGAAGCAGCACCUUCUCCUCCUGACAUGGAGGACCGUCCUCGAUUUACUUCCAUCCUUGGGGAGAAUGAUGACUUUUAUGUUAGGUACUAUGUGGGCCACAGUGGGAAAUUUGGCCACGAUUUCCUCGAGUUUGAGUUUCGUCCAGAUGGACGCCUGCGGUAUGCCAACAACUCAAAUUACAAAAAAUAUGAAAUGAUUCGCAAAGAGGUCCAUGUGACUUCGGCAGUGCUGAGGGUGCUCAGGAAGAUGAUUGAAGACAGUGAGAUCUUGAAGGAGUAUGACAAUCACUGGCCUGCCCCCGAUCGCAUUGGUCGACAGGAACUGGAAGUCGUUUGCGGGAAAGACCACAUCAUUUUCUCAACAUCCAAGGUUGGUUCUCUAGCAGAUGUGCAGGCUUCCAAGGAUCCAGAAGGACUUCGAGUGUUCUACUACCUGGUCCAGGAUCUGAAGAGCUUUGUGUUCAGCCUCAUGCGACUGCAUUUCAGGGCCAAACCAUUGUGAUCGGCAACCUGAAGCUGCCAUGUCGAAUGACUGGAGUUCUUGAGCUCAAGGGGCUCAUGUGCUCAUUCUUCAAUUGUUUAAAGUUUAAAGUUAGAUUGAAUCUAGUGUCAAAAACCUACUUCGUUCAGGAUGUGAAGUGCACAUAGGUUGGAGGUAUGAUGGGCUGUGAGCGUGCAAGUGCUGCAGCUCCUUCAGAUCGCAGGAAUUUCGGACUCCCCUGCUCAACAGAAUCAAAGGGGAACUCGACGGCC